UUCUUCCUGUUUCGUGUGGAAGUCACGUGGUGUGUUGUUUUUGGCCACGGCUGACUUUUACGUUCAUACACACACCCGCAUACCUCCCAGAGAGAAGCAGAGAAACCUCGAGUAUUUGGAAGACUAUGGAAGAAGUUCAGCAGCCGAUGCUUGGUCAUCUAAACGGCAGCACAACUACCAAACGGGAAGACUACCUGGAGUGGCCAGAGUACUUUAUGGCUGUAGCCUUUCUGUCAGCCCAAAGGAGCAAAGACCCACUCACAGGUGUGGGGGCGUGUAUAGUGAACCAGGAGAAUAAGAUAGUUGGCAUUGGUUACAACGGUAUGCCAAAUGGCUGUGAUGAUGACCUGCUACCGUGGUCCCGGUCUGCUGACAACCAGCUUGACACUAAAUACCCUUAUGUGUGCCAUGCAGAGAUGAAUGCCAUUAUGAACAAGAACAGUGCUGAUGUGAAAGGCUGCACCAUGUAUGUGGCUUUGUUUCCCUGCAACGAGUGUGCCAAGCUCAUCAUCCAGUCCGGUAUUAAGGAAGUGGUCUAUCUUUCUGAUAAGUACCAUGACACGCCGGAAAUGGCCGCUUCAAGAAGGCUGCUCAGUAUGGCAGGCAUACAAAAAAGGCAGUUCAAGCCCAAGAGGACUGAGAUUGUCAUUGAUUUUAAUUCUAUUAACCACCCUGGAAUGCUGAACAGCGCGACCAAGUGAAAAUGCAAACAGCUCACCUUGGGGGGGCUGCAGAAUGAGCCACGGAAGUAGAGGGAGACUGACAAGAUUGAAAGAGACUUUGAUGCCUCUUUUCUGUAUGUCUUCUUGCCCCCUGCUUUGUCCAAAGAAAAACUCAAGGAUACCUUGACUUUGGCGUCUUUUGAUAUUUUGAUUAAGGUAGUUUAAUUUGACGCUUCGCCCUUUGUGGAUGGCUGUGGCAGAAGGUCUUUCAAUGUUGCUUUCACGCUUUUUUUCCGAUUAGAAUUCCCUUUAGUUUUAGGCAUACACAAGGACUCUGAGCACACUUUCUUGAGUGCGUCGUAUUAAAAUCUUCAAUGUUGUGAAUCAGAUCUUCUCAUGGUUUUCUGCACAGGGAAACAACAGAAAUGUUUUUUUUUCCUCCUUAAAACAAGGUUUGAGGAUUAAUACAAAGGCACCUUGACAUUCAGUUCAUUUGAUCUUUAACAUUCACAUGGAAGCUGUCCAGUAAAUCACUUUUUGAACCCGUUUGCAGAAAGUAGCCACUGUAAUAAUUUAGCCUGUGCUCUAUUUUUAUUGUAUUUUAUGUUUUGACACUCUUUGAAAAUUUAAAUGGGCAUCUAAUGCUUUACUGGCAAGUACAAUUUUGCAUUCAAUAAAACUUUUCGAACUAGU